AUGAGACCCAGGAAUAAUGUCACGGAAUUUGUUCUCCUUGGCCUUACUCAGGAUCCUGAUCAUCAAAAAGCAUUAUUUGUCAUGUUUUUACUCAUCUACAUUGUGACAAUUGUGGGCAACCUGCUCAUUGUGGUGACUGUCAUUGCCAGCCCUUCCUUGGGCUCCCCUAUGUACUUCUUCCUUGCCUAUCUGUCACUUAUGGAUGCUGCUUACUCCACAGCAAUUUCUCCAAAGUUGAUUAUAGACUUGCUGUGUGAUGAAAAGACUAUUUCCUUCCCAGCUUGCAUGGUUCAGCUCUUUAUAGAGCAUUUAUUUGCUGGUGCUGAGGUGUUCCUUCUGGUGAUGAUGGCCUAUGAUCGCUAUGUGGCCAUAUGUAAGCCAUUGCACUAUUUGACAAUCAUGAACAGACGAGUUUGCAUCCUCCUAUUGGUGGCGGCCUGGGCUGGAGGUUUUGCACACUCUUUUGUUCAAAUUGUCUUUGUGUGCAGUCUCCCUUACUGUGGUCCCAAUAUCAUUGACCACUUUGUCUGUGACAUGUACCCUUUGUUGGAACUUUCGUGCACUGACACCUACUUCAUAGGCCUCACUGUGAUUGCUAAUGGUGGAGCAAUCUGUAUGGUCAUUUUUAUCCUUCUCUUAGUCUCCUAUGGAAUCAUCUUAAACUCUCUUAAGACUCAGAGUCAAGAAGGGAGGCACAAAGCUCUAUCAACCUGCAGUUCACACAUCACAGUUGUUGUCCUCUUUUUUGUUCCCUGUAUUUUCCUUUAUAUUAGACCUGUUUACAACUUUCCCAUUGAUAAAUUCAUAAGUGUAGUUUUUACAGUCAUCACCCCUAUGAUGAAUCCUUUAAUAUAUACCUUGAGAAAUUCAGAGAUGAAAAAUGCUAUGAAACAAUUGUGGUGUAGAAAGUUAAGUACAAAGUAG